GAUCAAACUCAAUCUAUAAACAAUAAUGGCUACCGCUGCAGCUGCGACUGCGGCUGCCAUGCUCCGUCGCCGUUCUGAAUCCAGUUCAUCUCUCGCCAGGUCGAGGUUUGGUGUUUCAAUUCAAUGCUCCGAUUCUAGUCGGGGAUUUGGCCCCAAAACAAAAAAUCCCGACUCCAAAAAAAUCAAGUCGAAGCAAUCAUCCACCUCACCCAACCAGGCCCCCGGUUUGAGCUCUCCCAAAACCAACUACACUUCUUCUGAUGAUCUUGAUUUCGAGCAGCGUCUCCAGGCUAUUAAAAAGUCCGCCCUUGAGCAGAAAAAAGAAGAAGAGAAAAAAGUAAUUGGGGCAAUUGAUUAUGACGCACCAGUUGAAGACAACAGUUCCACAAUUGGACUGGGAACUAAGAUUGGAGUUGGAGUUGCAGUUGUUACAUUUGGCUUGGUGUUUGCCCUUGGAGACUUUCUUCCUUCUGGAAGUGUUAGCCCUACAGAGGAGGCUGCCACAGUCAAUAAAAUUUCUGAAGAAGAGAGAUCAUUCCUUGAGAAGAGGCUGAAGGAGUUCGAAAAAACACUUGCCACUUCACCUGAAGAUUCGACUGCUCUUGAAGGAGCUGCAGUAACCCUAGCAGAAAUGCGAGAAUAUAAAAGAUCUGCAACGUUGCUUGAAAAAUUGACAGAGAAGAAACCAAAAGACCCUGAUGCUUUUCGUUUGCUUGGUGAAGUCAAAUAUGAGCUGAAAGAUUAUGAAGGAAGUGUUCUUGCUUAUAGGAAUGCUGAAAGGGCAUCUAGGAGUGUUGACUUUGAAAUCCUUCGAGGUCUUACAAAUUCAUUGAUAUCUGCCAAAAAACCUGAUGAGGCUGUUAAAAUGCUCCUGGAAGCUCGUGACCGCUUGAAUAACGAAGCUAGUGGUGAUAGUGUGACUGCAGAAAUGAGAUCGGAUGUGGAUCCCAUUCAAGUGGAGUUGCUUCUAGGAAAAGCCUAUGCAGAUUGGGGCCACAUAAGUGAUGCAGUAGCUGUUUAUGAUCAACUUAUAUCUAGCCACCCUGAUGAUUUCAGGGGCUACUUAGCAAAGGGCAUUAUCAUGAAAGAGAAUGGGAGUAUAGGUGAUGCAGAGAGAAUGUUUAUACAGGCACGUUUCUUUGCACCAGAUAAAGCAAAGGCUCUCGUAGACAAAUAUUCACGCUAGCAAUGAUCAUGACUCCAUUUACACAUCACCAUUGCCAUUUGCUACUUUUCUGGGUUAGAUGGAUGGCCUCGUGAAGAUGUUUGAUUGGCUUCAGUUUGCAACAAACUAGAAAUGAAUCAACAGAAUUUACCAUAUAACUUGUGUCUUCUUGUGCACUCUUAAUGACAAAAUGCAAAGAGGGUUUAUUAAAUCAUGUUUCAUGA